GGUUCUCAUUCUUCAAUAUCUGACAUGAAGGUCGUUACCGCUCAUUUCGUUGCCGCUCUACUAUCCUCCAGCGUGCUAGCAUCAACAUGUUGUCAUCAAUUAAAGGGGAGUCUCGGCGACAAAAUCAGCUUUCCUGAUACCAAAAGCUACAACGCCACGUUAACUUGCUACUGGUCGAAACAAGAGUCUGCGCUUCACCCCGAUUGCGUCCUGCAGCCUACCACCGCCCACGAUGUUGCCGUUGCCUUGAGGAUAAUCAGCACACAAAAAGAUUGCAAAUUCUCAAUCAAGAGUCAUGGUCAUGCUCCUGCAGAAGGCUUCGCCAACUCCGACAGCGGCGUGACCAUUGACAUGACAACUCUCUCAUCCGUGUCUCUGAACAAGAGGUCAACCAUUGCAAGCAUCGGCGCAGGCGCAAAGUGGCUUGGCGUCUAUCAGCAUCUUGACGGCUCAGGUGUUCAAGUCGCCGGAGGUCGAAACGGAAAUGUCGGUGUUGGAGGCUUGCUCCUUGGUGGAGGAAUAUCGCAUUUCACUACCAAAGUCGGAUGGGCUUGUGAUAGGGUGGUCAACUACGAGGUUGUACUCGCUAAUGGCACUCUGAUCAAUGCAAAUAAGAAAGAGAACUCAGACCUGUUCCUCGCUUUGAAAGGAGGGGGCAACAAUUUUGGAGUUGUUAGCCGCUUCGACAUUGAAACAUUUCCGCAGGGCGACAUAUCUACAACAAGCAUCUCCUACAAUAUUACCGAGAGGGGGAGGGUCUUCCAGGCUUUUACAGACUUACUUGAUUCAUCGACAUACGAUCCCGACGCGUCCUUGGUUACCAGUCUUCUCUACAGCUCAGCAUCCAAAGGCUGGUCACUGUCAGCAUCGGCUGUAUACACGAAGCCCGUUUCCCAGCCAAAGAUCUUCAAGGGUCUUUCAGAUGUGCCUCACACGAAGCUGGUCAAUAAUAUUACGACAUUGGCAGAGUUUGCGAAUGAGAAGGAUACGCCGCCUUUGAACUGGCUUUUUGCGACAUUGACUCUGAAGCCAUCCGCACAAAAUAUGCAGCAUAUGUUUGAGACCCUCAACAACACUAUCUAUUCGUUCAACCCACAGGACGGCGUGACAUGGAGUAUCGCCUUUGAGCCGUUGGUAGCAGCGAUGCUGGAAGGUUCUAAGCACACCAAUGUCCUCGGCCUUAAAACAGCCCAUGAUGGCUAUAUUGUUCUUAUCUCAGCGCUGUGGCCGAAAUCGGCUGUUAACUCAAACGUUGAAGCAAAGGCCAAGGAGGUUCUGUCAGUAUGGGAAGAGGAUGCUCGUGCAAAGGGACUGCUGCAGAAGUUCCAGUACCUCAACUACGCUACGCCAUACCAAAAGCCGUUUGAGUCAUACGGAGCUGAUGAGCUGGAAUUUCUCAGGUCGGUCAGCAAAAGGUAUGACCCUGCUCAAAUCUUGCAGAAGAGAGUUGGUGGCUUCAAGCUCUGAGCCCAAUGAGAAGGUCGCACCCCAAAAGGAUAUCGAGAGCAGCGACAGCACUCGUGAUUCAGUGUAUAGAAAAAGCAUAAGGAGACAAGCU